CUUUUUUCCCCGCUUUCCCACGAUGUCAUGCACCGUGUCUCCGCGGCGGCUCUCCUGCUAUGUUGGACCUUGGCUCCGAUCCUGCCCAGUGCGAACUCGUCCUGGGGUCGCUUUGCAGUGAUUCCUCCAGUGUCCAAUCCCCGCAGCCGGCAGAAUGUGGAGGCCGCGCGGGAACUGGAAGAGUUCCUGGAAGAGCAUGCAGUUCCGGCGCCGGAAAAGAUAGAGUCUCGCUGGCACUUUUGGCUGCCAUGGGAUGUGACGGGAAAGCUCAACACCCUGCGCUGUCCUUUGUCCAUUCGCAUGGUAGCACUGGAUGCGCAUCCGUCGGUAGAGCUGGGGAAAACAUCAUGGAGUGCAGCAGAUGCAAGUGAAUUGGCGAGAUGGAUUUGCGCUAAGGUGCCUUGGGCCCGCGUCCGUUUCGCCCGGCAUCUCACGGGCAACGCUGAACCGCCGCAGUCCUGCCACGUCUGCCUCCGGCGGCGCCGAAACGGCGGCUUCGGGGAGGAUCUGUCGUUGGCGCUGCGCAGGGCGCUGGCAGUGCAGCUGGAGGAGCUCCAGGGCUGGCGGCCGGAGGUGAAACGCAGUGAAGCUGAAUUGGAACUGCAUGUGAUGUUAGGUUUGGAUGGCCGCAUCUUGCUGGAGGUUCCCCUGCUGGUGCAGCGCAUUGGCCUGUUGGGUGGCUUGCAGCAGCCGGGCAUGAAGCAAGUCGAAGCCUGGGCGGUGGCAAAAUCGUUGGACAUCCAACCAGGUGACGUGGUACUGGAUCCCAUGUGCGGCAAGGGCACCUUGCUGGCGGAAGCUGCCAUUUGGUGGCCUGAGGGACGCUACAUUGGUUGCGACACGGACGCCCUUCAGCUCGAAAGCUGCCGCGAGAACCAUCGCCACCUGCGAGUGGAGGUGGAAACACACCUGGCAGAUGCCUCCUUCGAAGAUGGUCUGCCGAUCCCCAGUUGCUCGGUGGAUAAGCUCAUGACGGCCCCCCCCUGGGAUCGUCAGUUCCAGGCCGCAGGUGGCGUGGAACAGCUGUACCCCAAGAUGCUGCGGGAGUUUCAGCGGGUACUACGGCCCCAUGGCAGGCUGGCAUUCUUGCUGAACUUGCCGGCGCUCGAGGCGAUUCGACCCUGGCUGGGGAACUGGACCACACAGCAGUGUCGCUUUUCCAUGACGCGUCACACUGUUGGAGUUCUACUGCUGGCGCAGCAGGGAGAUGGUGAAACGUUGAUCUGCGACAGCUGGCGCAACAAAGACUUGCGGCUGCUGCGCGGUCUGUGGACCAAACAACGGGCGGAUGAACGACCCUGGCUCCGUCCGGCCAAUGAGAGAGUGAAAAAAAAGCGCACAGCCGUGGGGGGGUGA